AUGGUGCUACCGAAAUUGAAGGAUGAAAAGGCCGUAAUGCCAUUUCUGCUUCGUCUUCAAACCAUAGCAGGACUGUGGGGUGAUCGUUCCCAGCGGUAUAGAUUCUAUUUGAUUUUUUCCUAUUUCAUCGUCAUGGUGGUCCUGCCGAAGGUUCUGUUUGGCUAUCCAGAUCUGGAAAUUGCGGUUCGCGGCACGGCCGAGUUGAUGUUCGAAUCGAAUGCAUUUUUCGGCAUGCUUAUGUUUUCCUUCCAGCGAGACAACUAUGAGAAGCUGGUUCAUCAGCUACAGGAUCUGGCAAGGGUUGGUGAGUUCCUACAGGAUUUACCAACCGAGUUGGGACAUUACUUGAUCGCCGUAAAUAGGCGAGUCGAUCGUUCCUCCAAAAUUUACUGCUGCUGCCACUUUUCGAUGGCAACCUUCUUCUGGUUCAUGCCCGUUUGGACGACCUAUUCUGCCUACUCUGCCGCUACAAACCGUUCGGAGCCGGUUGAACACGUACUUCAUCUUGAGGAAGAACUUUACUUUCUACAUAUCCGAACCUCGGUUGUCCACUAUACGUUCUACGCCGCCAUCAUGUGGCCAACGAUCUAUACGCUCGGGUUUACCGGCGGCACUAAGCUCUUAACCAUUUUUAGCAAUGUGAAGUACUGCUCGGCCAUGUUAAAGUUAGUAGCCCUGCGGAUCAAGUGUCUCGCUGGAUCGAACCACGAACAUGUGGAGAAAGAGCUUAACGAGAUUAUUUCGAUGCAUCAGCGAGCGCUCAAUUGUGUCUUUUUGCUAGAAACUACAUUCCGCUGGGUGUUUUUCAUACAAUUCAUCCAGUGUACCAUUAUUUGGUGCAGUCUCAUCCUUUAUAUCGCCGUGACGGGAUUUAGCUCGACGGUGGCAAACGUGUGUGUUCAAAUCAUUUUGGUGACGGUGGAAACUUACGGCUAUUGUUACUUCGGAACUAAUCUAACUACGGAGAGCUAUGGUGUAGCACUUGCCAUCUACGAUAGCGAAUGGUACAAGUUUUCCGUUUCGAUGCGCCGGAAGCUUCGGUUGUUUUUACAACGAUCCCAAAAACCGGUCGGGGUUACGGCCGGAAAGUUCCGUUUCGUCAACGUAGCUCAGUUCGGCAAAAUGCUGAAGAUGUCCUACUCAUUCUACGUAGUGUUGAAGGAACAGUUUUAG